AUGUGGCAGCCCCAGUAUGUCACUGCCCAGCAGCGGGCCGGCUUCCGCCGAUACCAGUACAGUGCUGUGGACACAAACCCGUUAUCAGUCUAUGUUAUGCAGCCCCUCUGGAACAGAACUGUAAAGAUAGUGCCUCUGUGGAUUGCUCCUAACUUGUUAACCUUCUCUGGAUUUCUGAUGAUUUUAAUUAAUUAUUUUCUGUUAUCUUUUUAUGACUGGGACUACACUGCAUCAGGUGCCAGUCCUGGAAUUGUUCCAACAUGGGUAUGGCUGUUUGGUGCUUGUACCACCUUUUGUGCUUAUGCUUUAGACUCUAUAGAUGGGAAGCAUGCUCGAAGGACUCAGUCCAGUAGCCCUUUGGGGGAGUUAUUUGACCAUGGGCUAGAUAGCUGGGCUACCUCCAUCUUCAUCCUCUCUUAUUUUUCUAUCUGCUCACGUGAUAAUGGAAAGACUGGGAUUUCUGUACACACAAUGUAUAUAUCUUUAAGCAUUGUCUUGCUUAACUUUAUGUUUUCACAUUGGGAAAAAUAUAACACAGGAGUUCUCUUUCUUCCUUGGGGAUAUGAUCUAAGCCAAGUGACAUUAAUAGCAAUGUAUCUGGUGACUGCUGCUGUUGGGGUAGAAGUUUGGCACAAACCUUUCCUAUUUGGUUAUUACAUUACAGAUAUAUUAGUAAUCUUGCUGAUAGGCUGCAGUAUAUUUCUUUCACUUCCACAGACGCUGUACAACAUUCAUAAAGCACACUUAAAGAAAACACUGAAGAAAGAUUCUUUGUAUGAAGGACUUCUACCUCUGGUAUCUCCUGUGCUGCUGUUUGCUCUCCUUACUAUCUGGGUGAUUUUAUCACCAUGUGAUAUUUUAGCAAAACAAACCAGGCUGUUUUUAUGGAUGGUUGGUGUUGUUUUCUCAAAUGUUAUUUGCAGAGUGAUAAUUUGCCAGAUGAGCGACGCCAGAUCUGAAGCUUUCCACUGGCUCCUGUUUCCAUUAGCUCUUGUGAUCUACGCAGCGGUAACAGGGCUCCUGGGCAAGAAUGAGGAAAUGGCACUUACCAUAUUCACUACGUUAGCCACAGCUGCUCACGUACACUAUGGAGUUUGGGUGGGGAGACAGCUGAGUAAGCAUUUCAACAUUUACAUCUUUUCGUUGAAGAAACACAUUCAAGAAUGA